UUAUGUUCACGGAGCAGGAUUCCAGCGCGCAGACGGGCGCGGUGCUGUGCCUGGCGGCGGCGAUUGAAGGAUCGAGGAGUCCUGACGCCGCGAGCUUGAGGAGGCUGCUACCGAGGAUCGAGAAGCUGGCGAGGAGUGACUGUUUCAAGGCGAAGCCGGCGCUUCUGUCGCUGGUGGGGAGUGUUGUUGCGGUGGAGGGAGUGCUGCGUGUUGGCGCAUGGAAUGUGGUCUGGAAUUUGCUCAAUUUGUUGGUGGAUUUCCUGAGCAUUGAUGACUGGGCCGCGAGGAAGGCGGCUGCAGAGGCGUUGGCGAAGAUCGCCGCCGUGGAGAAGGACUCGCUCUCUGAGUAUAAGGCGUCGUGCUUGAAGACUUUUGAGGCCACGAGAUUUGAUAAGGUGAAGGCAGCACGGGAGACGAUGAAUCAGAUGACCUUCUCCACGGCAGCGAUCUUCGCCAAUGCCUCUGCAGUCGUGAACAUAAUUAUUAACAAGAUUAUAAACUUAAUUAUUAACUUAAUCCGGUCAAAAUUGAAUUAAGAUUCAUAGACCGUUAAAUUUUAACAGUUUCGUCAUAUUCGGACCAAAUGUGACCAGUUUUUAUUUGUGAGGGACCGAAUAAUUUAAAAGAUAAUAUUUUGGACCAAAAUUAUAAAAUCACAAUAUG